GACCCUAAAUCCCUGUUUGUUCCGCCCGUGGCUUUUCUAAAAGGCCGGGAUUGGGGACGGGACGGGGACCGGGCAGGCUGCGGGGACCCUCCCGGCGCUGAGCAAAGGGGGAGCCGGGACAGAGGAAAGGCAGCGGAGUGCGGCAGGGGGCUGCGACCCCCGGGGGUCCCUGCAGGGUGUGGGGGGGGGGGUCGCCGGCCACCCUAACGCCAGGGUCUGCCGCCGGUGCUGCCCGGGGGAGGCGCGAGGCUUGGCCAUGCUGAGCGCGGCACAUUCCCGGCCGGGGGGGAGGCCGAGUGCAGCCCCUGCUGCCACCAGCUCCGGGGUCCGGCGCGGGGUCCGGCGCAGCGCUACGAGCCCGGCCGCCGGCAUGGCCGCGGGGUGCCCGCCCGCGUCCCCCUGGACCUACCGGAGCUUCGCUGGGGAGUACGCGUACCUGGAGAAGCGUUUGGUGGCGGAGCUGGCCCCCCCCUGGCCCCCCGUGCCCCGCGGUUGCCCCGCUGCCACCCCCUGCCCACCACAGGACUUCACCUACCGCCCCCCCCCAGGCCACGAGACCCGGCCCUGGCCCCCCCCAGCCCGCUGUACCCCUGAGGGGUCAGGGUGCAGCUCCCCCCGGGGUCGGCACCCACCAGUCCCCCCCCGCAACCCGGUGCCGGGGGGCAAGCUGGGCCCCCCCAGCUACGAAACCCACAUGCGGCGGAUGCAAGCGGCCCACGUGCGCCGGGGGGGGCCACCCCCCUACAUCUCACCCCCUGCCUACGACGCACCCCACCGCACCCUUCAGCCCCGGCCACGCAGCAGCCCCUGGGGGCCACGCAGCCCCCCCCCGGCACCAAGGGGCCGUGGGGCUGUGCUGGGGGGCUGGAGCCACACGCUGCCCCGGGCAGCCACCGAGGUGGGGUCCCGGCGGCCCCGUGGGCUGCAGACCCCCCCUGGAGGAGUGGGACCCCCCCGGCACAGCCAGACCUUGCCCCGUGCGGCAGCCAGCCGGGAACGGGUUCCGGGGCGCAGCGGAGGACGGCGGGGGCCGGGGGGCCACGUCCUCAUCGAUGCCACCCGGGUGGUGGUCCGGGCCCAGUACGUGCCCCCCCCGCAGCGGCAGCAGGUCCGGUACGCCGGGGAGAGCCCUGGGCCCGCUGCCCCCCCGGGCAGUCCCCCUGCGUCCCCCGGGACCCGCUCCCCUCCAGCAGCACCCUCGCCCCCCCGCCAGCUGCCGUGCAGCCCCCGGGGCCCCAAGCAGAGCCCGGGGACAAGCGGGGGACCCCGGGGACGCCCCCCCCCCCGCGACGGCCGGCGCUGUACGCCCAGGCGCUGCGGGAGGCCGUGUCCCGCAUCCGGCGGCACACGGCGCCCGACUCCGACUCGGAGGCCGAGGGGGGGUCCGGGGGGAGCCGGCGGUGGCCGUGCCGCGACGCCCUCGCCUACAGCAGCAGCAGCAGCAGCCUGGAGAGCACCGGAGCCCCCCCCGGGAGCCGCCAGCCCCACCCGGGCUUGAGGGGCGGGGCCUGAAAGGGCGUGGCGUUCUGGGGGAGGAGCUUGGGAGGGUGUGGUCGGGUUGGGGGCGUGGCCUGGCGGGGUGUGGUCCCUCUGGGGGCGGGGCUUGGGCGGGGUUCCUGCAGGCUGUGGGUGGCGCCGACCCCAAUAAAGGCUGUGGGAUCCCAGUGCUGUGCCUCCGCCCCUUGCGUGGGUGGGGAUGGGAGGGGGGCUCGGCCCCAAAUUAGGGGGAUCUAGCCCCAAAAACG